ACGCCCUCAGAAUGAGCAACAAAAUGUCCUACAUAAUUGUAUCAUAUUAACCAAUCAAAUACAAAUAGUCUCUUGGGCUCGAAACUAGCUUUAAAAGAUGGCGGCGUUUCCACCUUUGCCUCAGAUUGUUGGCAAGCAUGGGGGAGUUUAUGAGGCCUACUACAUGCAGGCGGAUCCUAUGGGCACGGGUAGCAUUGGAGCACUGGAUGCAGCCAACUUUCUAAAAAAAUCUAAUUUAAGUGAUACCAUCUUGUCACAAGUGUGGGAUAUGUCUGAUCCAAUGGGAAAAGGCUAUUUAGAAAAGACUGGUUUCUUUGUGGCUUUAAAACUAAUAGCCUUAGUGCAAAGUAAACAAGAGUUAAAUAUAUCUAAGUUGGUAGUGGAGACCCCACCUCCAGAUCUAGGUCCUGUUGAACCAGUCGACACAACACAGAUUGCUUUCACUACAAACAUUCCAUGGGAUGUUACGCUGUCAGAGAAAUCCAAAUAUGAUAAAGUGUUUGACAGCCUUCAGCCAGUAAACAACAUGCUGUCAGGAGACAAGGUCAAACCAGUUCUAAUGAAUUCCCAACUCCCUGUUGAUAUUUUGGGUCGAAUAUGGGACAUGAGUGACAUUGACAAGGAUGGUUAUUUAGACAGAGAUGAGUUUGCUGUGGCAAUGCACCUUGUUUACCAAGCUCGGGAAGGUCAAGAUAUCCCUAGCAUAAUGCGUCCAGGUUUGGUGCCACCUUCUAAGAGGAAAAGUGGGGGGAUAGCUGGUGUGGCUCCACCCAUGCCUGGAGCUGUACCUGUUUUACCUGUGAUCGGCUCAGUACCUGUGUCUGGCAUGAAUACAGUUGGCAGGUCCACACCAACAUUAGGAGUCACUGGGGUUUUACCAACCUGGGUAGUUACUCCGGCUGAAAAGCUCAAAUCUGAUGCCAUGUUUGUCAAUCUUGAUAUGGAUCAUGAUGGGCUAGUCAGUGGAGCUGAGAUCAGAGAUGUGUUGGCUCAGAGUGGUCUCUCUACUGCUGUACUUGCUCAUAUCUGGGGUCUCUGUGAUAGUCAAGGUGUUGGAAAGCUGACAGCAGAACAGUUUGCUUUGGCUAUGCAUCUUAUACAACAAAAACUUUUGGGGAUUGAUCCUCCUCCACAGCUUUUGCCUGAAAUGAUUCCACCUUCAUUACGAUCUGUGGCAGACCCUGGUGCCUUUGGUGUUCGGGAUGGAACAAAUGCUGGUCCUUAUAGCCAUGUUGCUGAUUUUUCUGCUAUUAAAGAGCUUGAUAUGAUCAGCAAAGAAAUUGAAGACAUUAAAAAUGCCUUUAUGGUUUUUAUGACUAGAGAAAAGUUGAAACUAGAGAGAGAUAAAUCUCAACAAGAAGCUGAUAUCAAGAUCAGGCAUGGGGAAGUGCAAGUUAUGCAAAAAGAACUGGAUUCACUGAACGCUACAUUAAUUCAGCUAGAUGCUCAAAAGAAAGAAGCACAAAAACGUUUGGAUGAAUUAGAAGAUAAGAGAUCCAACCUGGAAAGAAGUGUUCAGGAACUGAGAGAAAAAACUAGCAAAGAACAGAUGGAGGUGAACAAAAUGAAAUCAUUGCUGAGUAAUAGAGAACAGCUUGUGAAGGAUCAAGAGAAAGAACUAGAGAAACUCAGAUCAGAACUCACUAAACUGAGAGAGGAAGAGUCCAGACUGGAACAAACUGUAGACUCUAGCAAACAACAAUUAGAUCAGUUGGCCAAGUCACAAGGGGAAAUCAAUGCUGAAAUUAUUUCUACAAGAAAUCGCUUAAAGCUUUUAACAGAACAAUGUAAAGCCAUUGAACCAAGUAUAGGAGGCUAUACAGGUUUCAAUGGAGAUAGUGCAAGCAACAUUGAUGCUGCUAGUAGUCGAGCUACGGUGGGUAGUCCAGUAAGUACUAUUAGUAACUUCAGUGGGGGUUCUACCUUAGAUGAUGACCCAUUUAAAGGUCGUGAUCCUUUUGGUGGAGGUAAUGCAGGACCAGAUGACCCAUUCCAGAAUGAUGAUCCAUUUGUGGAUGAUCCAUUUAAAGCUGCUGAUCCUUUUGGUGGAGAUGACUUGUUUAAAGAUACUUUUGCUUCUUCUAGUAAGGCAGAUCCAUUUUCAAGUUCAGCUGAUCCCUUUGCCAGUUCUGGUGCAGCAUCAAAGAAGGUAAACAUUGAUGAUGGUUUUGAUGCAUUUGGUUUAUCUUGGGGCACAAGUACAGCACAGUCUAGUCAUAUGGUGAACAGUUUUGGGGAUGAUCCUUUUGGUGAUUCAUCAAAGUCUAAUAUAUCUUCCAAAAAUAAAAAAGCCCCACCACCAAGGCCUGCGCCACCCAAAUCAAAAAGUCCACUUCCUUUUGGAUCAACACUGUCUGCAGCACCUAAACCAAAACUUGAGCCAUUUGGAGUCUUUGGCUCUGACCCAUUUGCUAAUAGUGACCCAUUUGCUGGGAACAAACCAGAAGGCAAUGGUGCAAGUGAACCAUUUUCAAACUUUGCAGAUUUCAGUCCUGGAAAGUUUAGUCUAGAUGAUGAUGAUGCUUGGGGUGGUGGAGGUCCCAGUAUCAUUACUGUCAAGAAAUCUGACCUGUCUUCUGCUAAGCCGCUGCCUGCCAAAAGAAAUAUUACUUUUAAGACCAGAACAAGUGAUGAAACCGAAGCAUGAGUCCCAGAGGGCAUCAGCUAUGUGAAACUAAAAGCUGCUUUCCAUUAGGUGUCAAAUUUGCUUUAUUUGAAAGUCUUGCUCCCACUGGAUGUUAUUAACAAUUAUUUAGUUUAAGCAGACAUUCUGAAAACAUUAUUUUUUUAAAAAAAAGGAAAAAUGUGUUUUUAUGAUACUAUUAAUGUACUUGCAAUACAGUUGAGACAGUUCCUAUAACUACAUGCUUUCAACCAUGAUUUAUUCUUCCUGAUCCAUUUUAACACAGUUAUAAUCUGUAAAAUAUAAUUAAUCCUUUGGUAUUGCUUUCCAUGACUAAACAAUUAAAAUUUUAUUUAAAAAAAAAUUUAGAAUAUUUUAAUAAAAAUCAGACAUGAAUAUUAUGUAUCAUUUUUUUAAUUAUAUUUUUUAUGCAAAGAAAAAUCAAAUGUAUAGUUAACUAUGUAUCUGGUUUGUCAACAGCAUGCAUCUUCAUAUUUUUAUUUGAUUUUGCAUUGAUUUAAAGAUGAAGUAAGUCUUAAUGUUUUCCUUUGGCCUGUGUUUUUUGUUCCAUAGGCAUAUCUCUUUCAUUUGCUGCAACAUUAAAAUAAACAUUUAAGCAUAGUAAUGUGGGCCUACUUAACUUUUGAGCAGUAAUGAUCUGUACAUAGAGCUGUUGGUUGUUUUUAACUUUCCAUAGCUUUUAGAUAUUUUCAAGUCAAGAAAACAAAAACUUGGUCUACCCAACUAGUCAUUUAGUAUAGAAAAUAGCAGGAAAAUGUAAAUGUAUGUCAUUGUAUGAGUGAAAAUAUGGGUGUGGUGUGUGUCUACUUUACAUGUCCUCAUGAAUAAUAUCUUUUGUAUGGAUAUUUAUUCUCAUAACUUUGUCAAUAGCUAGACAAAUAUGCAACUAGACUAAUCUUAUCUGUAUGUUCUUAUAGCUAAAACAUAUUUGUAUAUUUUCAAUCAACACUUUUGAUUUGGCUAAAAUGAAUUAAUUCAUGAAAUGAUUAACCUAGAAAUGGCCUGACCAUGUUGAUUGCAUAAGUAACCACAUAAUUUGAGUGCAGCCCAUGAAGAUUCUUGCACUUGUAUGUUGCAGGCAUGUUGGUUUGCUCUUGUAAUAAGUUAAUAAAUGGUGUUUCUCAUUGAGCUAUUUAUUUGAAUUUCCAUAAGCUGCUGAUGUGUAUGUUUCUUUGGUCUUUUGAGUUCAUUGUAUGCAAGAAAUGAUAUGAAGGUAACUGGUUGCUAUACCAUUGAGUUGAGCCUUUGGGCUUGUAGACAUUGUCCAGCAUUUGAUUACCAUUUCUGUCCUGCAAGGGGUUUGAACACUAUAGUUGUAUCCUCUUAUUCAACAAAGUCUCUGUAUUUCUCUUGGAUUGUAUUGACUCAUUAGAGCUAACAUAUGCUGCUAUUGGGUUUCACUCCCCCUCUCCUCCCCCAGUAUGUACCCCUGCUUUAUAUCCUUAAUCUUUGUAGGUUACUUACUUCACUCUCAUGUAUCCUUUGUGUAGAGAUACUUUUGAUUUGUCUUUCAUCUUAUAGGAGAAAAAGCAACCAACCAUGGAAAUAAUUCAUUGUACAUGUUGCAAAUGUGAGUGUAGGAUGGGUGCUUGGUUAAGUUCCGCAACAAGCUCUUUAACAGUCAGCUUCUUAAUGUGUGAUCCUGUCUGAAGCUUGACUUUGCCAUGUACCACUACCUGUUUUUAUAUUGAUAUUGCUAUUUUUUGUUUUGUAUGUAUAUUCAAUUAAGAUUGUUUUGCCAUUGUCAUAUCAAUGAUUGAUACAGAUUUGGAACUGUAAGGGAACUUUGGGUAAGGUUGGGGGCCAUUAAUUUAAAAUAAUCAAAAUUUACUUUUUGAUAAUUUGACCAUUGUCUCCUGGUUUAUUAUAAGAUAACUAUAAGAGGGAAAUAAAGUUCCAUCUGUUCCCAGCAAUUAAUUUCUCAUGUUGACUUAGAUAUUAUCAAAGCAUUUCUGUUUAUUUGGCAUUAUUAAUUCUUUAACAUCUGUGCAAUAUAAAUGAAAAUACAUAAACUAUUGGCACUUGCAAAUUAAUAAACUUUCCCACUCUAUUUAGAAAUGAAUUCCAAUGAAACCAAUGUUCCCAGCAGUAGGCAUGUCAUAAGCUUCAAUGUUUACAUUCCCAUGUAUCCCAGUAUAUCUCAAUGUCUUGCUCAAGUCUCAAGAAAUGAAUUCUUAGUUAUUUACCUUCAAGUAGAUUGUGGUUUUGGAACUGUUAUUUUUCUUAAAUUAUAUUACAUUUUUCCCUUUUCUGAAACAUCUUUUAAAAUUUAAUGAAAAAAAAAGUAAUUUGCUUAAUGGAACAGUUUAAAGGUAAUUUCUUGUAUUGGCUUAAAAGCAUUAGCUCCUCUUAUUGUUUUUACAUAAUCAGUUUAAACAAGCUUAAAAACAUUUAUUUUAAAAAAAAGUCUAGAAUGACCUUCAAUCACUUUGUAUAUAUAUAUACAUUGUAUUUCAACUGUACAUAACGUUUUUAGCAGGUACAUAUUUAUGAGAAUAAUUAGUUGUAUCCAACUUAAGUAGAAUAUAUUUGAUCAAUAGUCAGAGAUACUCUAUAUAAGUAUAAACAUUUCGGACAUAGUAUGGAAUAAUUCCUUUCUUAUGUUACAUUUUGUUUUUCAUCUCUAUAGUAUUACCCUGAAAUAUGGGCUUAGUAAACCUAAAUUGUAUGGUCCAUAUCUUGUAACACUUUCUUGUUGUUUCCUAAUUGUGUCCAUAGACAUAGUGAUUGGAGCUGUAUAGAGUUUUAAUGUCAACAGUGCAAUGAUGUAGAGUUGACUUUCUAGAACAUUCAUCACACAUUUACAACACAAAAAGGGUACAAGUGUUGCAAUAAUAAAUGUUUACAAAUUGUC